AUGAAAAUCGAUACAGAGCGAGUAAUCAUUGAAGUUCAUCUGCGGCCCGUUUUGUGGGAUAAACGCAAUGAAUUAUACAAAAACAGGGACGCGAGAGAGGCUGCAUGGAGAGAUAUUUUGAAGGAAUUGGCACCUAACUACGAAAAUUUGAGCGAAGAGGAAAGAAAAGAGGCGGACAAGAAAAUACAACAACGCUGGCGAACAGCAAGGGACACUUACCAGAAAGACAAGAUAUCUGAAAAAAAUCAGCCAUCCGGCUCUGGGAGUAAGAAGAAGAAGAAAUAUUCUUACUAUGACAUUUUGACUUUCUUAGACAGUACAACGGAAACUGCCGGAGAAGAGUCACUCUGUGAAGAAAUGUCUGAACAAAGUAAUUUAGAAACACCUAAUGAGUCCACGCAACUAGGUACUUUACGUCAAGAAAGUUCUCACCCAACAUUAAAACAAAAACAAGUAAAAUCUAAAAAGCAAGCACCAUCCGAAUUUGAGGCACAGUUAUUAGAAUGCUUAAAGUCUAAGCAACUGGAGCUGGAAAGUGAGGAUUUGGCUUUCUUUCAGUCUCUGCAGCCUUCAUUAAAAAGAUUCACUAGAUAUCAAAAACUAAUGUUCAGAACAAAAGUGUUAAAUAUAGUUAUGGAAAUGGAAAGUCAAACACAACCUGCAUACUACAGCCCCAUACCUACAACAAGUUCUAGUGCUUUUACUGAGCUUGACAGUUUGUCACCGAUAAAUCAAGAUUACCAAACCAAUAGUAUAAUCCAGGAUACUUCCAGUCUUAACGACAAUGCUAUUAGUUCUGCUGCAGUGAAUGAUAAUGAAACUCUUAUUUCGACUGAAAGUCGCCUGUUUAAUAUCACGUCUUAUGACAUAAUUUAUAACCCAGCAACAACAUCAUCUACUGGCGAAAGUAAUGUCAACGCUCAGGAUACAAAUUUACAAAGAAAUGAAUGAUGUAAAAUUUGAUUUUUAAUUUAUGAAUAAAACUCUUUUUAUUAAAAUGAG